AUGCCUUUAAACUUAAAGCCAAUGACCAACUGUGACGUAACACAUGAAGGAUCUUGUCAUUGUGGAGCGGUUAAAUGGACAGUCCGUGCCCCAGAAGUAUUGGAAUGUAUAAAAUGCAACUGCUCAAUAUGCAAAAAGAAAUCGAAUGACCACUACAUUGUUACGAAGGAGAGAUUUACGUUAUUACAGGGUGAAGAGAACCUGGUCACGUACACCUUCAACACUCACCAGGCAAAGCAUCGUUUUUGUGGAAUUUGUGGUGUGCAAUCAUUUUAUGUGCCAAGGUCCAACCCUGAUUGCAUUGGUGUUAUGCCGCACUGCAUAGACUCACCAACUGUGAAAGAGCUUCGAUUCUCAACUUUUAAUGGACAGAACUGGGAAGAGGAGAUGACAAAGAAGGCUCCAGUUGCACAUUGA